AUGGGAUGGUGUCCCCACGGGAUCAAAUUUCAGCGUCACAGCUGGGGACUGGCUUCGCGGUCCCCAAUGGGAGAGCAUGAGCAGGUGAAGCCCUUGGAGACCAGCUGUUCCAAAACCAAAGUUAAGUCCACCACAAUGAUUCCUGACUGCCAGAAGCUUCUGAGAUGUGAACUGGAGUCACUCAAGUAUCAGUUACAGGCCCAGACCAAGGCUUUCGAGUUCCUAAACCACUCAGUGACCCUGUUGGAGAAGGAGAGCUGCCUGCAGCAAAUCAAGAUCCAACAGCUGGAAGAGGUGCUGGGCCCCGCGAGCCACCAGGGAGGCAAGGAGGGGCACAAGUGGGAUGUGGUGGAGGGACGGCAGGAGCUGUAUGAGGCCCUGGCUCAAGGCCUCCAGGGGCUGCAGAAGACCCUGCAUGACAACGAGGAGGUGCAGUGGGCCCGCACCACCCGCUGCCUGCAGCUGCUGGCCCAGGAGAUCCGGGACAGCAAGAAGUUCCUAUGGGAGGAGCUGGAGCUGGUACGAGAGGAGGUGACCUUCAUUUAUCAGAAGCUCCAGGCACAGGAACAGGAGAUCACGGAGAACCUGGUGAACAUUCAGAAGAUGCAGAAGACACAGGUGAAGUGCCGCAAGGUCCUGACCAAGAUGAAGCAGCAAGGGUACGAGACAGCCAGCUGGCUAGAGACUGAGGAGUUGCUACCAGGAUGCAGUGGUUCCUGGAGGGAUAACCUCCAAAAGGAGCUGGGUGACAUAUGGUCCGCUGUGCAUGUGCUACAGAACUCCUUUGAUGGCCUCGCCAUAUCCUCAGGGGGCCGCCCUAGGGCCGCAAACCUCAGGGGCUAUAAGGGACACAGAUGCCUGAGCCCUCCUCUCCCCUGCUGGGACUCGGACUCAGACACGGACCAGGGCCCUCCCCAGCUACUGCUCAGCAAGAGCCGCAGCUCCUUCCCACCUGGUGCGGAUCCUCCCCUCCCCAACACACCUUUCCCUUCCCCUUCUGGCCUGCCCUGGAAUCGCAGAGCCUGGCCUGAGCAGCUGGGACUGCUCUCCCUUGAAGACUCCUCCAGAAAGAAAAUAAACUAG